CCUGCAGUCAAAACUCGCAGGUGCAGCUGGUAGUUUCAGCAGAUUCAGACAGUUCCUCUUGGAUCCUGGUCUCCUUGUUGAAGUCAAGAUGUCCAUGUUCAAAAAGUUCUUCAAAAACAUCAUCCAUAAGAAAGAUGCCGACAAGGAGCCGGAGCCCGUGAAGGAGAAGGAGAAGCCCAAACCAAAGUAUUACGGGACAGUCACACCUCAUCCGGACUUUGACGCCAGCAAAGAUGCCUCUGUUCUUCGGAGCGCCAUCCAAAGUAAAGGAGUGGAUGAAGAUGUGAUUGUUGCUGUCUUGGUGAAACGAAACAACGAGCAGAGGCAGAAGAUCAAAGCGGUUUAUGAAGCAUCUGCAGGGAAGAAGCUGGAACAGAGCCUGAAAUCCGUCCUCAGAUCACAUUUAGAGGAUGUGUCUCUGGCUCUGCUCAUGUUGCCGGCACAUUAUGACGCCCAUCUGCUCAGGAAUGCCACAAAGGGCCUGGGAACGGAUGAGGAUGUCCUGGUGGAGAUUCUGGCAACGAGGUCAAACAAACAGAUCGAGCAGAUCAAAAGUGUCUUCAAAGAAGAAUACAAAGAAGAGCUGGAGCAGGUCAUCAAGGAUGAGACGAGCGGCGACUUCACCGAGGCCCUCCUCGCCAUGCUGAGCGCCAAGAAGGAUGAGGGCCACAGCGUGGACUUAGACCUCGCCCAGAAAGACGCCAAGAUUCUGUUUGAAGCGAGCGGCCAUUCUGACAAGAUCAACGUUUCCACUUUUAUUGAGAUCCUGACUACCCGGAGCAGCCCUCAGCUCAAACGGACGUUCCAGCAUUACGCCAGCGUCAGUGACACCUCGCUGCCCAAAGCUCUGGAGCUGCAGCUCAAAGGAGACAUCGAAGACUGCCUCAUCGACAUUGUGAAAUGUGCCUGGAACACUCCAGCUUUCUUUGCUGAGAAGCUCCACAACUCCAUGAAGGGCCACGGUACACGUGAUAACACUUUGAUCAGGAUUCUGGUGAGCCGGUCUGAAGUGGACCUGAAGAAGAUCAUUGAGGAGUACAGGGCCAUGUUUGGCCGACGCCUGCAGGAGGACAUCCAGCAAGACACUAAAGGAGAUUACCAGCAGAUCCUGCUUGGGUUGUGUGGACCUCACUGAAGAUCUGAACUCAUCACUCGGACAUCCAAAAACUCCACAUCAAUUAAAAACUCAAAAUGUUACCUUAAUAUCUUGUGAAUCUCUGUAUUUUGAUGGUUUGUCAAUAAAGUACAAUCCCCCAAA